UCAUCUUGUGUACGCCACGCUUGUUUCUAUUUUCAAAGUAAUAGGUUCUAAUUAAGAAAAUUUCUUCCAAUAAUAUGGCUUGUUUUAAGAGUGCCAUAGUUUUGUUUUUCCUAGUGACUUUAGUGGGAAGUUCCUCAGCUCAACUCACCACUGGAUUUUACUCAAAAUCAUGUCCUAAGCUCUAUCAAACUGUGAAAUCUGUGGUGAACUCUGCUAUUCAGAAGGAAACCCGAAUGGGUGCUUCCCUCCUUCGCCUAUUCUUCCACGAUUGCUUCGUUAAUGGAUGCGAUGGAUCAUUGUUCCUGGACGAUACAUCAACCUUCACAGGAGAAAAGAGGGCACAACCCAAUUUCAAUUCCGCCAGAGGAUUUGAAGUUAUUGACAACAUCAAAUCUGCUGUUGAAAAAGUUUGUCUUGGUGUGGUCUCUUGUGCUGAUAUUUUAGCUGUUACCGCUCGAGACUCUGUUGUAAUUCUUGGAGGACCUAAUUGGGAUGUAAAACUGGGAAGAAGAGAUGCGAGGACAGCAAGCCAAGGUGCUGCAAAUAACAGCAUUCCUACCCCAACUUCUAACCUUAACCGUCUCAUCUCUAGCUUCACUGCUGUUGGCCUUUCUACAAAGGAUAUGGUUGCUUUAUCUGGAGCUCAUACUAUUGGACAAGCAAGGUGCACAAGUUUCAGGGGACGCAUAUACAACGAGACCAAAAACAUGGACGCAUCACUAGCGAGAACCAGGCAAAAUAAUUGCCCCAGAGCCUCAGGAUCAGGGGAUAACAAUUUGGCACCUCUUGAUUUACAGACCCCUACGCGCUUCGACAAUCACUACUUCAUAAACCUUGUUAACAAAAAGGGACUGCUCCAUUCUGAUCAGCAGCUUUUCAAUGGAGGAUCCGUUGAUUCAAUUGUGAAAUCAUACAGUAACAAUCCCAGCAGUUUCAUCUCUGAUUUUGUGACUGCCAUGAUUAAGAUGGGUGAUAUCCGUCCCCUCACUGGUUCUAAUGGAGAGAUCAGGAAGAACUGCAGGAGAAUCAACUAAUUUAAUUGUGUUAAUUUCAAGUGUGUUUGGAGAUUGCUAUUUUGAAUUUUCAAUUUCUACUUGUUUUGUGUCACAGCUUCAAGUGUCACUAAAUUGUAUCGUAUUUGAGUUUUAUAUAUAAUAGUAUAUGAAAAUAA